AUGGGUAGUCUAAGCGGAAACCCCAAUGUCGACCAGAUUUCUGAGCAGCCGGCAGAUCCUACUUUGAAAAAGGCAUCUGCUGCCACUGAUGCAAAGCCCAAAGUCAGAACCGAGUCGAAAUCUGGAGCUCAAAGACCACCAUUAAACAGAUUCACUACAAGUCACGAAAAUGUACUGCAUGAGCACUUUAUUGGUGCAAUUGAUCAGGGUACCACUUCAUCAAGAUUCAUCAUUUUCGACGGAGUUGGUGAGCCUGUGGCAAUGCACCAAAUUGAAUUCGAGCAGAAGUAUCCCGAAUCUGGUUGGCACGAGCAUGACCCUUGGGAACUCGUCGCUUCAGUAGAAACCUGUAUCGAGGAGGCUACCAAGAAGUUCCUCGAAAAGGGCCACAAGGUCUCGGAUAUCAAGGCAAUUGGUCUCACCAACCAGAGAGAGACCACUCUGGUUUGGGAUGCAGAGACUGGACAGCCCUUGCACAAUGCCAUCGCUUGGCCUGAUACUAGAACCAAGGGUCUUGUCCGUGAGUUCAAGGAGCGCAAGGGUGACCAAAAUUUGUCCGAAAUCUGUGGUAUCCCGCUCUCCACAUACCCAUCGUGCCUGAAGCUCGUCUGGAUGUUGCGCCAUGUUCCCGAGGUGCAACAGGCCUACGACGAGGGUCGCCUGUGCUUCGGUACCGUCGACACCUGGUUGAUCUACAACCUCAACGGAGGAAAAGAGAAGAACAUCUUCGUCACAGAUUCUACAAACGCUUCAAGAACCAUGUUCAUGAACCUUCACACCUGUCAAUACGAUGACAACCUUUUAAGCUUCUUCGAUCUUGACCGCAACAAGCUCAGGCUGCCCAAGAUUGUUCCUUCGUCUUGUGCAGAUGCUUACGGUUCUCUGGCCAAGGGCAUUCUGAAGGGUAUGAAGAUUGCUGGCUGUCUUGGUGACCAGUCUUCGGCGCUGGUCGGUCAGCAAGGCUUCACUCCUGGCUCUGCUAAGAACACAUAUGGUACCGGUUGUUUCCUGCUCUACAAUGUUGGCGAGAAGCCCACCAUCUCUACUCACGGUUUGCUCGCGACCGUGGCAUACGAUUUCGGUCGCAACAGAAAGCCAGUAUACGCUCUCGAGGGUUCCGUAGCCGUCGCUGGUUCUGGUGUUAAGUUCUUGAUGAACAACAUGGGUUUCAUUGCCCACGCCGAAAAGGUGUCAGAACUCGCUUCCACUGUCGACGACAAUGGCGGCCUCGUCUUCGUCACUGCCUUCUCUGGUCUCUUUGCACCAUACUGGAUCGAUGAUGCAAAGGGUACCAUUUUCGGUAUCACCCAGCACACACAAAGAGGUCACAUUGCACGAGCCACUCUAGAAGCCACUUGCUUCCAGACAAAGGCUAUCCUCGACGCCAUGGAGAAGGACAGUGGACAUGCCCUGUCGGACUUGGCCGUCGAUGGUGGUAUGAGUAACUCGAACAUUUGCAUGCAGACACAAGCAAACAUCAUCGGUAUCCCUGUCAACCGCCCCGCUAUGCGCGAAACCACCGCCCUGGGAGCCGCAAUCGCCGCUGGUUUCGCCGUCGACAUCUGGAAGGAGUUCAGCGAGCUCAAGGCCAUCAACCAAAAGAACCGCAUGGUCUUUGAGCCCGAAGUCACUCCCGAGGAGAGCGAAAAGAUGUUCAAGAAGUGGGAUCGUGCUGUCAGCAUGUGCCGUGGUUGGCUCGAUGUUGAUGAGGUCACCGAGACAUAA